UCUGUUUUCGAAAAUUAUAGGAUAAAUUAAAUUGAUCAUUUUUUUAGGAAAGGAAUGCAUAUACAUAUAUAUAGGUAUCCCCGCAAAGUCCAAGGCCAGAUCUUCAAAGCCAUAAUAAAUCAAACAUUUUGAGUAUCAUCAUGUCUUCCUCAAGGCACUCUUUGGUGGACGCCCUUAGUAUGAAAGAGGGAAAUGGAGAGCAUAGUUACGAUACUAAUUCUCAUUACCAGAGAAGUGUUUUUUCCGAGAUAGAACAUGUGGUGAUAGAGAGCAUCAAAGAGAUGUUAAUGAAUUUGGAUUAUCCCGGGUGCAUCAAAGUGGCUGACUUGGGUUGUUCUUCUGGAAGAAACUCGUUGUUUGCCAUGUCGGAGAUCGUCAACACGAUCAUCGAAUCAUACCAACAAAAAGGUCGAAACAACUCACCAGAGAUCGAGUGUUGUCUGAACGAUCUUCCACAUAACGACUUCAACAAUACCUUCAAGUUGGUUCCUUCCUUUCUGGAGAAGCUGAAGAUGGAGGUCAAAGGAAAGUGCUUCGUGUCAGGAGUACCAAACUCUUUCUACUCAAGGCUAUUCCCAAGCAUGUCUCUUCAUCUUGCUCAUUCAUCUUUUAGUCUCCAUUGGCUUUCUAAGGUCCCUGAUGGGCUUGAGAACAACAAUACAAGCAUCCAUAUCAAUGAUACAUCCCCUCCAGAUGUCUACAAAAGUUAUUUGAAUCAGUUCAAGAAUGAUUUCUCGGUGUUCCUAAGAAUGCGUUCAGAAGAGAUAGUGCCUAAUGGGCAGAUGGUUCUCACGUUCGUGGGCAGAAAGGUUUCGAAUCCUUUAUCCAAAGAUUGUUUUCAAGUUUGGUCGUUGUUAUCCGAUUGCAUCCUUGAUCUAGUGUCCGAGGGGAUUAUUAAGGAUUCUAGGAUGCACUCUUUCAACAUGCCAUUCUAUAAUCCAAAUGAAGAAGAGGUGAGGGAAGUUGUCAUAAACGAGGGAUCCUUUAAAAUCAACAAGAUCGAGACACAUGACCAUAUUGUUCCAUACAAAAUUGAGAAGGAUGAGGAGGAACUUUCACUUCAAUUUAUGGAAGCGGGUAAAGAGAGGGCAACCGGUAUAAGAUGCAUCACUGAACCGUUGCUAAUUGCUCACUUUGGAGAAAGUGUUAUCGACCAGGUGUUUGACAAGUAUGCACAGUAUAUGGCCAAAUAUCUCAGUGUUUCAAGUCAUCGUCCCAAUAUGACCGUCAACAUUGUUUUUUCUUUGACUAGGAAAUAAAGAUCAUCUAUUCUUCUA